ACACCAACCAUCCCGCCCCUCACCCGGACCCGCAGCCUCAUGGCCAUGUCCCUGCCGGGCAGUAGACGGGCCUCUGCUGGAUCCCGCAGCGGGGGCCCUUUGGGCCGCAGCGGCCUGGCGGUGUUCGCCCAGUGUCCGCAGCUGCCCGCCAGCCCGAACGAGCACCUGCCUCUUCUUCCUGCCUCCAGGCGCACCUCUCCCCCCGUGAGCGUGCGGGACGCCUACGGCACCUCCUCUCUCAGCAGCAGCAGCAACUCGGGCUCCUGCAAGGGCAGCGACAGCAGCCCCACGCCCAGGCGCUCCAUGAAGUACACGCUGUGCAGCGACAACCACGGCGUCAAGCCCCCCACCCCGGAGCAGUACCUGACCCCCCUGCAGCAGAAGGAGGUGUGCAUCCGGCACCUGAAGGCCCGGCUGAAGGACACCCAGGACCGGCUGCAGGACCGGGACACCGAGAUCGAUGACCUGAAGACACAGCUGUCACGCAUGCAGGAGGACUGGAUCGAGGAGGAGUGCCACCGCGUGGAGGCCCAGCUGGCCCUGAAGGAGGCGCGCAAGGAGAUCAAGCAGCUCAAGCAGGUCAUCGACACAGUCAAGAACAACCUGAUUGAUAAGGACAAGGGGCUGCAGAAGUACUUCGUGGACAUCAACAUCCAGAACAAGAAGCUGGAGACGCUGCUACACAGCAUGGAAGUGGCCCAGAACGGCACGGCCAAGGAGGACGGCACCGGGGAGUCGGCUGGCGGGUCCCCUGCCCGCUCCCUCACCCGCAGCUCCACCUACACCAAGCUGAGUGACCCCGCCGUCUGCGGCGACCGCCCCCCCAGCGACCACCCCGGGGCCUCUGCCGAGGACGGGGCUGACAGUGGCUUUGCGGGGCUGACCGAGGACACGCUGAGCCGGACGGACGCGCUGGAGGCCAGCAGCCUGCUGUCAUCGGGGGUGGACUGCGGCCCCGAGGAGGGCUCGCUGCACAGCAGCUUCGGCCUGGGCCCCCGCUUCCCUGCCAGCAACACCUACGAGAAGCUGCUGUGCGGCCUGGAGGCUGGGGUGCAGGCCAGCUGCAUGCAGGAGCGCGCCAUCCAGACGGACUUCGCGCAGUACCAGCCGGACCUGGACGCCAUCCUGGAGAAAGUGACCCAGGCCCAGGUCUGCGGGGCAGUCCCUGAAUUGGGGGUCGGGGAUCCAGAGCUGGAGCCCCAUCCCCCGGGGCCCAAAGACCCCAACUCCGCCGUGGUGGUGACGGUGGGUGACGAGCUGGAGGCCCCGGAGCCCAUCACCCGAGGGCCGAGCGCGCACCGGCCGGGUGCCAACUGCAGUCCCGGCCCGUCGGUGAGCGUGGCGUGCCCGCUGGAAGAGGAGGAGGCGGCCGCCGCCGAGAAGGAGCCCAUGAGCUACUGGAGCCGCCACUACAUCGUGGAUCUGCUGGCCGUGGUGGUGCCGGCCGUGCCCACGGUGGCCUGGCUCUGCCGCUCGCAGCGGCGCCAGGGCCAGCCGGUUUACAACAUCAGCUCGCUGCUGCGGGGCUGCUGCACUGUGGCCCUGCACUCCAUCCGCAGGGCCAGCUGCCGCUCGCUGAGCCCGCACGGCCCGAGCGCCGCGGCCGGCAGCUCCCAGCUCUGA